GGUGCGGUCACGUGGGGCCGCGGUCACGUGAGGGCGCGGCGGCAGCGACUCGCCGGCGGGGCUGCCCCAUGGCGUCGGGGCCGGAGCUGCUUCGCGCCGAUGACACCAGCGAUGGGGGGGCCCCGUCCUGCCCCACCGCACCCCACAGCGACGGCUCCUGCCCCACAGCGCCCCAUAGCGAUGGCUCCUGCCCCACAGCGCCCCAUAGCGAUGGCUCCUGCCCCAUAGCGCCCCCCGGUGCCCGCCUGAGCAUCGCCAUCCUCUGUUACAUCAACCUCCUCAACUACAUGGAUCGCUUCACUGUGGCUGGCGUCCUCCCCGACGUUGAGGAUUUCUUCAGCAUCAGCGACAGCAGCUCCGGGCUCCUGCAGACAGUGUUCAUCGGCAGUUACAUGGUGCUGGCGCCCCUCUGUGGCUAUUGGGGGGAUCGCAGGAGCCGGAAGCGGCUCCUCAGCCUCGGCCUCGCCCUAUGGGCGGCUGCGACCAUGGCCGGGAGCUUCGUCCCCCCCCAGGUGAGGCGCUGUGGGGCGCUUGUGUCCCCCCCCCCCACCAAGCGCAUGGAUGGAGGCUCAUGGCAAGGGGGUGGAGCCAAGGAGCGAAGGGGAGGAGCCAAACAGCCAAUGGACGCCAUGAUUGGAUGGGCGGAGGCCGAGGAACCGCUGCGAUUGGUCGGCUCCGUGAACCAUUGUCUCUUCAUUGAGUCUCAUGAAUGGAGAAGGACAUGGAGGAGAUGA